AAAAAAAUUUCUUCUCUCUCAGAUAAACCCAUCAACUUCAGUUUCUCUCUGGACUUGGUAUCUCCAAGACUCCAACAAAAUGGAAAGGCACCACCAUCACCACCACCACCACCACACCAUCAUUUCUUCGCCGUCGUCGCCGUCGCCAACCACUUUUGUUCAAGCAGAUGCUAACACUUUCAGAGACUUGGUCCAAAAGCUGACCGGCUUGACCAGUUCUGACUCUGAGAAACUACCCGUCACUACUACCCACCCUUCUUCUCGACUCCCUUCUAAACCCGCCAUACCCGUUGAUCCAACCGCCCCGCGCCGGUCGCCUUUCAAGCUUCAAGAACGUAGGCACACCACGAGAAAGCUGGAAAUCAAGCUCGGUCUCACCACUCUCCGUACACCAACAAAUCAUCACUCUCCACGUCAAGCUCACCGGGUCGACUCACCGAUUCCCAGCCCGGUAACUCCACUUGGGUCUGAUUCUUUGUUUUUCCCGAGUUCAGGCACGGCUUCACCGUCAUCUCCCGCUCUUUCAGAAGAAGAAAAAGCCAUUGCUGAAAAGGGAUUUUACUUGCACCCAUCACCUUUAAGUACACCAAGAGGAAGCGAGCCGCCGGAGCUAUUGACUCUGUUUCCACUAACUUCACCGCGUCAGAAAGCUCAAGAUUUGGAUUUAUGUCUACGUACAACAAGUAUAAAUACUAUAUUCCCUUCAAUUUGAUGCAUUUGAGGUUUCUAUGGUGGUUUUUUUUUAUCAUUUUAGGGUCGCUCGUUUGCUGUAUAAUAUAUAAGAAAGUUGAGAACUAAUUUUCGUUAAAGGUGGUUUGAUGAUUAGAUGUUUAAGCUGUGUUUUUAUUUCUAUUAUUAUUAUUAUAAUAUUUAGAAGAAUGGAAGAGUGAAAUGGAUUCAUUCAUGUAUAUUUUGACGUUCCUUGUGGAAUUUGAUGUUCUUCUCUGUUGUUUGAUGAAUGCGUGCAUUAUGAGUGUUUCUU